GAGAGGAAGGAAGAAAGAACAGGAUUAAACAGGAGCUGUUCUUCUCAUGAGUAAUGUCCUCUAGAUAAAGCCAUUCACACCAACUGUGAGAGAGAACAGCAGAGGAACACACAGAGAAGAAGAGCGGUUAUUAACGGAGCAGAACUGCACACAGCACUAGAGCGCUUUAGCAUCUGCUUGAUCAGGACUGAAGGGAGGAAGAGUGUCAGAGCUCCAGCUGAAACACACACACACACACUUAUACACACACCCGGCCUUCACACACACUCGCACCAUGAAUCCUGAAUAUGACUACCUGUUCAAACUGCUCCUCAUCGGGGAUUCUGGAGUGGGCAAGUCAUGUCUUCUGUUGAGAUUUGCAGAUGACACCUACACAGAAAGCUACAUCAGCACCAUAGGUGUGGACUUCAAGAUCCGUACUAUUGAACUGGAUGGUAAAACUAUCAAGCUUCAGAUUUGGGAUACUGCUGGACAGGAAAGGUUUCGCACCAUCACAUCCAGUUACUAUAGGGGGGCCCACGGAAUCAUUGUUGUCUACGAUGUAACCGAUCAGGAGUCUUAUAACAAUGUAAAGCAGUGGCUGCAGGAGAUUGACCGUUAUGCCAGUGAGAAUGUCAACAAGUUGCUGGUUGGGAACAAGUGUGACCUCACUACCAAGAAAGUAGUGGACUACACAACAGCCAAGGAAUUUGCUGACUCUCUCGCUAUCCCUUUUCUCGAAACGAGUGCCAAGAAUGCUACCAACGUGGAGCAGGCCUUCAUGACCAUGGCCGCUGAGAUCAAGAAGCGCAUGGGUCCUGGAGCUACAGCCGGCGGAGACAAGCCCAAUAUAAACAUUGAGAGCACACCCGUUCGACAGUCUGGUGGCGGCUGCUGUUAGAGAGUCUCGCCCUACAUAAACACGCACUCAAACACAUGCCCCCUCUGCCCUGAAUCCCACACUUUCAUACAUCUAGGAGCAUAAGAACAGAAAGUGAAGAUGUUCUAACCUUCUAAUAACUGAGUCUGGAGCCAAAGUGUUGAUUUGGUUUCUUUAGCGGUUUCCUUUGUGAGUUCAUGUUCCUUUCCUUGGUUUUAUACUCCUAGAACUAACCGUAACCUCUGUCUUUUCCACCUUGUCCUGUUUUUGUACCAUAGUCUCGACUGCAUUUCAUUCAUCUUCGACUCUGUCCCUUUACAUAGUUAAGACACCGUAAACGUCGGGCUCUUAGAAAGCCAUGUACAGGUAAAGUCUUCAGAGCUCAAAAGAAAAGGAUGGAGGAUUGAGUACUUUUUCAUAAUGAUGGUUUCUUAUGCAUUAGUACAUCAACAACAAAUACAUAAACAAUUACACUCAUACAGUUGUCGUUUUGAUUGUUAAGUGCAUAAGAUAAUUAUAUAUAUGUGUCCUUUUACAGACACAUUGAAUGAAGGACAUAAAAAUUGGCAGUAAUGUGUAUUUAUUAUACUGAUUUAUUAUACUGAUCUCACCGAUUUCUUUUCCUAUUAAUUAAUACUGAAACGAAACCAUGCUGUUCUCAAAUGAAGGUUUGGUGAAGAUGUGAGUAUUCAAAACAAAAAGCUUGAUUUCUUUGGCUUGGGCUGGUUGAUUAAAGCUUGUUUCCCCACUCACCUGGUCAUCCCCUUUCUCAUUUUAAUGCAUUCAGAGCCAAGCAUUCAGAGGUGUCAUUGUAUCUAACUAUAAAACUUGAUGAUCUUCCAUUUGUUGUCUUUGAUCUAUUUAGUCAGAGCCAGUUUUUCGGGCCUGGACUCUCGGUGGGGUAAGGCUGUGUAAACCUACUGCAGACUUUUGCUGAGUACUUAAUUUUAAUCUUAAGCGUUUAACCUUGCGUCAAUGGUGAGAUGUCUUCAGAGGAAAGCCUGGACAUGUACUAAAAUGAAUUACGAAAGCCUGGACUGUGUAUGAUCAAUCUGAAAAGUAGCUGAUUUUAAGCUGCCCAUUAAACCAAGGGGACUGGUAGUAAACAGAGGGAGUAAGUGUGCUGUUCUUGAAACAGUGUUGGGCAUGAUACUUUUAACAAUGAUGCAAAGUGCCAUUGAUAUGUACUAUUACUGUGGUACUAAACUUACAAUACAAGAAUACAGUCCCUAAACAUAGACUCCAGUAGACAUAGCCUUCUUGAUUUAUCUUAAAUGUGCCUCUGAUUAAAAUCCAUAAUUGAUGAAAUGGGGAAAUUUGGGGUAUUUGUCUGUUACUGUAAAUGAAGUACCAUAGCAUUUGCUGAGAAAGUGUUGCUAAUUUGGACCAGCUAAUUUAUUUAAUAAAGAACAACACUACCCACUUGCUACUGGGAAAUGUAGUUAAGCUUUGCUACUUUUCAACACUGUGCUGCUUCUACUUAAACCUUAGGCUGCAUCACAAACUGUCGAAGUGCUAACUUAUUUCUAUUGGUUUCUGAUAUCACAAUUCUAUGCAGGGUGGCUAAGUGGGUAGCACUGUCGCCUCACAGUAAGAAGGUCCUGGAUUUAAUCCCCAGGUGGGGCGGUCCGGGUCCUUUCUGUGUGGAGUUUGCAUGUUCUCACGUGGCUCCAGUUUCCUCCCACAGUCCACAGUUUAUAGUGUUCAAUAUAAACUUGUGAACUGAUGCAUCUUGUGUAAUGAGUAACUACCUGUCCUGUCAUGAAUGUAACCAAAGUGUGUAAAACAUGACGUUAAAAUCCUAAUAAACAAGGCCGCUCAGGUGGCGCAGAGCUGGGAUCUCGAAAAAACAUCGUAUCGAAUCUUAGCUCUGCCUGCCGGCUAAGGCUGAGCGGCCACGUGAACAACGAUUGGCCUGCUGUUCAGAUAUGGGCAGGACUAAGCCGGGUGGGGUCUCUCUCCCAUUACUGGUGCAAUUACGACCUCUGCUGGCUGAUUGAUGGCACCUGCACAGAUAUGAGAAAAGAGUGCUCUCAGGGUGUGUCUCUUCGUACACAACGCUGAGCUGCACUGCACUUGUCAAGGUGUAGGUGAAAGAUGCAUAUCUAAUAAAUAAACAAUUCUAUGCAUCAACAGAUAAUGAUUCAAUACUCACAUCUUCACUGUAACCAAGCAACAUUCUAAAUGUAACACAAACCGUACACAAGACUGGCGUUACUGUCUGUCAUGUAUGCCACGUUAGUCUAAAUGAGACGAACUUAAAUGGUUUUACUGGAUUACAUUAGAAACUUAAGUUUGUAUACCAGUUCAUGUCUUUUUACCAGACUGCUUAUGCUUCAUUCAUACAGGCUGGAUUCUGCGCUGUCUUGUCAUCAAUUACUGUAGCUAUUUUAUUUAAUUAUGCCUAUAAGUGACAUACUGACAUUUUAACAUUUUGAUGAGUUAGACUGCAUAGGCACCACAUGUUCUCUGUUAAACUGAUACAUGGUCAAUCCUCAUGCCUUAUAAAUAUGUCAUUUAGAAGUAUGUGUUGGUGAACCUACUUGUGGAUGGAAGUCACAUGAAGUACAGAUGAUGUGUGUUUGGAUCAGUGUGUUAAGGCUUAUCUGUGCUGUUUCUUACCAGGACAGGGAUGCUGGGACUGACUGGUCUUCACCAAGAGACCGGAUAUGAUCUCCCAUAUUUUUAGAAAAGCAAAAUAUAGCGCACACACAGUCGAGUCAUGCUCUUUUUGUCUUAGAUCAAAGCUUGUAGACUUGGUCGAUAUUUUCACUUUUUAAAGUACUGGUUCUUGGUUUUAACUCCAGACCAGGAAAAAACGUCUGAAUGCCUUUAAGUUAGAUUGAGGGUUUUAUAUAAGUAAUGGAAUUCAGCUUAAUGCCUAUUUAACCCUUUAAUGUCAUACAUAUUCAAAAUCUUAAGAUUGUCCUUUUAUUUUAUAUAUAUAUAUUUUUUUGUUUUUUUUUGUUUCACGCCCUUGGGCAGACAACCUUGGUGGAACCAGUCCCUACUAAACUGCAGUGUUUUUGUAACAAAUAGCCUAUAUUAAUUGUCUUAAUUAGAUAGUCGCACCAGUAUAUGUCUUAUUGUAACAACACCAGUAACUAAUAAUCUGAGCCAUUCAAAUUAAUGCCAUUUCAGCCAUUGCUAACCCCACACGUUCCAGCAUUAUGUACCAAGAGUGAGUAAAUUGUUACAUUGAGUUUGGAUCAGAUGGAGCAGUAAGUGAGGGAUUCAAAACAAUGCAUGGGUUUGGGCUGCGGCUUUUGAGAAUAUUUCUGCUGUUUAGUUAUUAAAACCAUUAAGUCAUUACAUUAAGAACAUCUUACUUUAGACCUGUACACCGUCCUACACUAACACGUUCACCCUAUUUUGAAUAUGCUCUUUUUUUUCUAAACGGCUUGCUGUUCUUUUGAUUUUAACCUAUAAAUCAAGUUAUUACGUUGUGAUUUUGUGAUGUAUAUCUUGAUGAAAUAUGGGGCUAGAAGCAAUAUUGUAGAAGGGUGAGACUAGAAGUGGGUGGGUUACGUUUGAAUGUUAUACACCAUACUGCGUGCUUUUUUCUUUUUUUACAUCCAUAUGCUCGGUUUCUUUUUGUUUGCACACUGUAUCGUGGAUGAGGCAUGAUGAAGGCACGGUCUGUGGUUGUAGUGAGCACCAGGCCGAUAGAUCUCCUCUCCCACUGCUUGCUUAAGUUGGUGCUUUUAUAGCUCAGUUUGACCAUGUUUGUCUUCUCUUUGUACAUAUUAUAAAUAUAUAUAAAAUAAAAAAGAUUAAUGGCUGUCGUAA